AUGCCCCAAUUGCUAGCUGGCGGCGUCGGCAUUCCCUUGGUCCGGUGGUUCGGCACGGACGGCGAGCACAAUGCCAUGGUGCUUGAUCACCUGGGUCCGAGCCUAGAGAACCUGAUCAACCUCUCCAGCCGGACGUUCUCGCUGAAGACGGUCCUGCUGCUGGUCUACCACCUCCUGUCCUGCCUCGAGUAUAUCCACAUCAAGGCCUUCCUUCAUUACGACAUAAGGCCCGGCCACGUCGUUGUGGGCAUCGGGCAAGCGUAG